UAUUUCUUGAUCAAAAUACCUAUACAGUGUAAUGCGUAACAAUUAAACGCACUCAAUUUUCAUUAUAAUAAGCACGGGCUAUGUUAUCAUGUAGUCAUUUUAGUAUGUGGUAAAAGUCAACGCAACUGCUAAUCUAUAUUAUAGAGCGAGCGCCUGCGAUUCACUCGCCAUUUUCUUUUCAAAUCGGGCCACACCGUCGUUUCGGACUCCACGCUUAUCACUCAAUAGUCAUUAUCGCGUUGACGUCGGUCCGACUGGCAAAUAAUGCCUAAUCUAUUGGUAAAGUUUCUUUUUUUUCCCCUCUCAAUAUUAUGAUAUAGUACUUCGUCCACUUCGUUAAGUGUUAAUUAGUUCGGGCGUUUGACAUUAGAUUGACGGCUAAACGUGUCGGUCGAUAAGCCUGUGAUACUAACAGUUGGUGUUACUCGGCGAUCUAAUUUACGUUCGUUGUGUUUAGUCUCAACGGAAUCUGAGCAAAGGUCUGAUGAAGUAAGUAGAUCGGUAACGUGUUUGCGUGCGGGAAACAGACUUUUACAGCGUUCGCGGCACUAAAAAUGUCAGCUUCGGCGAUAUACAUACUAGAUGUCAAGGGCAAGGUCCUGAUAUCCCGAAACUAUCGGGGUGACAUAGCACCUAAUGUCAUCGAGAAGUUCAUGCCCUUGCUAAUGGAGAAAGAAGAAGAAGGUUCACUAACACCGCUGUUGCAGACUGAGGAGUGCACUUUCUCGUACAUCAAGUGCAACAACCUGUACGUUGUAUCUACUACCAAAAAGAACGCCAAUAUCAUGUUGGUAUUUGUGUUCCUUCACAAAAUUGUACGAGUCAUGAAUGAAUACUUCAAGGAGAUAGAAGAAGAAAGUAUACGUGACAAUUUUGUGGUAAUAUAUGAGCUGUUGGACGAGCUGCUUGACUUUGGGUAUCCGCAGACAACAGAUAGCAAAAUUCUGCAAGAAUACAUUACACAAGAUGGUCAUAAACUAGAAAUACAACCAAGAAUUCCUAUGGCUGUGACUAAUGCUGUGUCUUGGCGUUCCGAAGGGCUCAAGUAUAGAAAAAAUGAAGUAUUCUUAGAUGUUAUUGAAUCGGUAAAUUUGUUGGCUAGUGCCAAUGGAAAUGUUUUAAGAAGUGAAAUUGUAGGCUCGAUCAAGAUGAGAGUCUACUUGUCUGGAAUGCCAGAAUUACGAUUGGGUCUCAAUGAUAAGGUAUUGUUUGAGAGCACUGGGCGUGGUAAAUCUAAAUCUGUAGAACUUGAAGAUGUUAAGUUUCAUCAGUGUGUACGCCUAUCAAGAUUUGAAAAUGAUAGAACUAUUUCUUUUAUUCCACCAGAUGGAGAAUUUGAUUUGAUGACGUACAGAUUAAGUACACAUAUCAAACCUUUGAUUUGGAUUGAAAGUGUCAUUGAACGGCAUGCUCAUAGUCGUGUUGAGUACAUAGUCAAAGCAAAGUCACAAUUUAAGCGUCGGUCUACUGCCAAUAAUGUAGAAGUAGUCAUCCAAGUUCCAAUGGAUGCUGAUUCUCCUAAAUUUAAAACUACUGUUGGUUCAGUUAAGUAUAUGCCAGAGCUAAACUCUUUAGUAUGGUCCAUUAAAUCUUUCCCUGGAGGUAAGGAGUAUUUAAUGAGAGCACAUUUUGGUUUGCCAAGUGUCGAAAAUGAAGAAACUGAAGGACGGCCUCCCAUCCAUGUAAAAUUUGAAAUACCGUAUUUUACAACAUCUGGCAUUCAGGUUAGGUACUUGAAAAUUAUUGAAAAGAGCGGUUAUCAAGCAUUACCUUGGGUACGAUAUAUUACCCAAAAUGGAGACUAUCAGUUAAGAACCAACUAAAUUCUUUUGAGUAAUUUAUAGUCAAAUGUAUUAUUUAUUGUCUUCUAAUUUUUAAUUUAAAGGCAAUAAAUUACAUUUUUAACUAGCUUACA